AGAGAAAACACGAACACGAAGAUAUUUUUUCUAAAAUGUCAGUAACAGCCUUGCAAGUCAAACAUGUCAUACGGAAUACAAGUCAAAGAAUCAGGAACCCUUGGACAUCAGGAUUAGCUUAGCUUGCCUUGUUGCACCAUUUUCCCUUUGACAUUUAACAAUGAAAUUACAGACUUCAGGCCCCUAAACUUGUCAUUAAUGGCGAGCAUAAAAGGAAACCUACUUCUUCUCUGUUUUUCCUUCUGCGUACUCUUUGUGGAUCCUUCUUACUGCCAAACAGACACAUUAGCACAAGGCCAAGAGCUCAAACAUGGGAGGCAAUUGUUCUCCGCUUCUGGGAUAUUCAGGUUAGGAUUUUUCCAGCUUGACGCUGCAAAUAAUUCUUAUUUAGGAGUAUCUUAUAAUAGAGCUAAUGAGAAGCCAGUAUGGGUUGCCAACCGGAACAACCCAAUUCUUGGAAAUUCAGGAAUUCUCACAAUUGAUCGUUUUGGUAACUUUAAGAUCAUUUCCCGCAAGUUGGGAGAUUGUGUAUUACUGUAUACGGUUCAAACAGCCAUCAAUGCAAGUGCUGUUCUACUUGAUAGCGGUAAUUUUGUACUACAUGAAUUGAAUCCUGAUGGGUCUGUGAAGAGGGACUUGUGGCAAAGCUUUGACUAUCCUACUGAUACACUUUUGCCCAAAAUGAAACUGGGGUUUGACAGAAAAACUGGGCUUAAUCGGACUCUAACAUCUUGGAGGACUGAUGGGUUUCCAGCAUCAGGAUCAUUUACUCUUGGUAUGGACCCCAGUGGUAUAAACCAAAUGGUUAUUUGGUGGCAAGGAAGCACAUAUUGGACAAGUGGUGUUUGGCAAAACGGGUGUUUCAACAUGUCACAUGAGUUUUGUUAUUAUUACAAGUACAACUUUAGCUACACAUCAAAUGAGAAAGAAGCAUACUUUGAUUAUUCCGUUGAUAAAGAAAUCACCAUUUUCCCAAGGCUCACUGUAAAUGCAGAGGGCCAGCUCAAGGGUUUUGGUAUGGAUUCCCUCUUUACAGAAGUUUCAUGCUUUGAUUCUUCCUCUUCUUCCUUGAGAGUUGGUUGUGUUGAGCAAAAGCUUCCGGAUUGCAGGAGUUAUCAUGAUAAAUUUGUGUUGAAAAUGGGAGUAAUGUCUCGGGAUGGAUUUAGGUUUCAUAAUGACAAUCUUUCCAUCACUGAUUGUUGGGAAAGAUGCUUGAAAAAUUGUUCUUGUGUUGCUUAUGCUUCUGCAAAUGACAAUGGCACUGGCUGUGAGAUUUGGACCAAAGACUCAAGCUUUACAGAGAGUAAUUUGAGCACUUUAAAAGAGAUAUACAUCCUUGAAUCCUCAGUGCAAAUGUGGUGGAUAUGGCUCAUGAUUUUGGUAGGAGGAACCGCAAUUAUUCCCUUGUUGCUCUCAUCAUGCUAUGUUCUAUGGAAAAAAUGUAAGGCAAAAAGUAAGCGCUUACAGAGAGUUGAAGAAAACAUGCUACUACAUGAACUUGGCCAAGUGAGCAAAAGCCAGAAGGAUGGGAAGAUGAGCAAUGAAUUGCGUAUAUUUAGUUUUGAAAGCCUUGUUGCUGCUACAAACAUUUUCUCAACAGAAAAUAAGCUGGGAGAAGGCGGAUUUGGAGCAGUUUAUAAGUUUCAGGGAAAAUUACGAGAUGGGCAAGAAGUAGCAAUAAAGAGGCUUUCAAGAAGUUCAGGACAAGGGCUAGUGGAGUUCAAGAAUGAAGCUUUACUGAUUGGAAAACUCCAGCACACUAAUCUUGUGAGGCUUUUGGGGUUUUGCAUUCAAGGGGAAGAAAAAAUAUUGAUCUAUGAGUACAUGCCUAAUAAAAGCUUAGAUUCCUUACUCUUCAAUUCUUAUGAAAAGAGUGUGCUUCACUGGAAGAAACGCUACAGCAUUAUUGAAGGUGUUACUCAAGGACUAGUUUAUCUACAUAAAUAUUCAAGAUUGAAAGUGAUUCAUCGGGAUUUAAAAACAAGCAACAUUUUACUUGAUGAGGAGAUGAAUCCAAAAAUAUCUGAUUUUGGCAUGGCUCGGAUGUUUGCAUUGAAUGAAUGUGAAGAAAAUACACAGAGAGUUGUUGGAACUUAUGGUUAUAUGCCUCCUGAGUAUGCAAUGAGAGGAAUUGUAUCAAUAAAAACUGAUGUAUUCAGCUUUGGAGUCAUAGUACUAGAGAUCAUAAGUGGGAAGAAGAAUAACAGCCAUUAUGAUUCAGAAGAUCCUCUCAACCUUAUUGGAUAUGCGUGGAAGCUGUGGAAUGAAGGCAGAGUUUUUGAGCUAGUAGACCCCAAAAUGAUUGAACCAUGGGCUGCUAGUGAAGUGCUCAGAUGCAUCCAUGUUGGGCUAUUGUGCGUACAAGACCGAGCAACAGAAAGGCCAACCAUGACUGAUGUUGUUUCCAUGCUUUCAAAUGAUACUCUUCUACUUCCUGCACCAAAACAACCAGCAUAUUUCAUAGAUACAGUUAGGAAAGAAGUAGAAGUAUCUGCAAAAAAAUCAGAUAAUUGCUCCAUGAAUGAUGUUACAAUAUCAGUUAUGGAUGCAAGGUAGAUAUUGUUGUCAAGGACUCAAGAAUGCAUGAAAAUGCAGUGAUUUUUUGUGUACUUUUUGAACCAGUUUGUUUAUUAUUAUAUUUACUUGUAAAUUCAACACGAUUAUAAAUGAUAGACUGAAAGCUUUUGUAAU